ACAGGGGAGUUAUUUACCUGUACAGGUGUUAUGGCGACAUCAGGUCAUGUGGAAGAAAGGGAAAUAUUUACAUGUUCUAUCUGUUUAGAGCAACUGAAGUCACCUAGAAGUCUACCAUGCUUACACACUUUCUGUUUUCAAUGUAUUCGUGAGUAUAUUCUGUCAACUGAACGCCUUUCCGGGCAUAAAAUCGCUAAUUAUAUGUGUCCUGUAUGUAGAACUAUUGUCAUGCCCGAACACCCAGAGUUAGAUACUACAAAGUGGGUUGAAGCUUUACCACAUAAUUUUACCAUCUCUUCUCUAUUGGAAACUUCGAAAGAGCAACAAACCCAAGAAUGUCAUACUUGUAAACGCAAACAAAAAUGUAUUUCCGCAACGAAAUGGUGUCGUGAUUGCAGUGAAGCUUUUUGUGAUGAUUGUCGUGAAAUGCACAGUUUAAUGAAAUCUUCUAUGAGUCACGAAUUUGUAGAUAUUGCGAGUAUUCCAACCAAUGAAUGUGGAAUAGAUUUUAGUAAAAUAUCGGAUGUUUGUCCCGUUCACAGUUCUAAAGUAGUAGAGGCAUACUGUUUUGAUCACGAAGAACUUUGCUGCGUACUGUGUGUAACGUUACAACACAGGAAGUGCGUCGAUUUAAAAGCGAUUGAAGACAUAACCAGAAAAUACGACGAAAAAGAUUCAUUUGAUGCAAAAUGGACUAAAAUUAAAUCAGGGUCUGAACAAAUAUUACAAAAAGACCUGAAAGACACUUUGAAUAAAUCGUUUUCUAGUAUUGAAAGUACCGUCAUCGAUUCAGUUAAUACAGCUAAAAGUAAAUUAGACAGUUUAUUGGUUGUAUUUUUGAAAGAAUUAAAGACAAUUGAAGGUAAAACCCAAGGCGAUUUUGAGUCAAAAUUAGAUUUUGUCGAAAAACUCUCAAAUCGUAUCAAGGAUUUUGUCCGAAUUUCAACGUUUAUUCGAUCUUUUGGUUCGAAAACACAACUCUUCAUUCAUAUCCAAAAAUCAAAAAAGGAAUUGCAUUCGGAAAUCGAUAAUGCUGCAGAGUUAUUACGUCAUUUCACUGGCGUUAUAGUAAAUUUCCAUUUGGAAAAUACACUACAAAAUUUGAUGGAAAUGAAGAAAUUAGGAGAAAUACAGGUUGUAGAGAAACGCAAUAAAUCUGUAACAGAUUAAGGAAGGCUUGUAUUAAAUUAUUUGUGUUUUCCAACUUGUAAAAUGUUCACUUCUUUUCAUUUUUCAGUUGAAAAGAAGUUAAACUGUGCACCUUUCUGGGUAAAAUGUAGGAGGAAUGUAUAUUUGAGACCAGACAAUUGUACUAUGCGAAAAUAACAAGCUGACCGUUACCGAUAUAGCAACAGCAAAAACUAAAUAUGAAUGUGAUUUUCUCAAAAAACAAUUAACGCAAACAUAUUGACUGGAAAUAACACAUUCUAAAUUUCUUUUUACUGAGGUAUAGAGUUAUAUUUGAUCAGAACGUCGGGAAACAAACGUAAUUAAAAUGUUCUUAUAAUAGGUGUGUUUGUAUUCAUGACCAUUAUCUUUAUAUAAUUUAAUUUUGGAUGUAACACGUCUUCUGAUUGGCUGAGAGAAUUUUGUUAAAGCUCAUAGACAUAAUUUUGUCAUGUGACCGUGACGUUAUCAACUUUUUUCAUGAUUUACUCCUUAAAAAUGGAAUUUAUAAUUAAAUUAUAAGGAAUGAUUGUAAUAUUUUUUCUGUCUAUUCGAAAUAACAGAAAAAAUGUGGUGCACACUGUUAAAUAACCCGCUACGCGCGUUAUUCAGUGUGCACCACAUUUUUUAUGUUAUUUCUUUAUAGACAGAAAAAAUAUUACAGUCAUUCCUUAAAUAAUCGUUGGAAUCGGAAUCAUGAAAAUAAAUAGAAAACAAGAUAUAGGGUUGCAAACCGCUUUCUCAACUGACACGGAAUGUACAUAUUUGAACGGUCUUGCUAUUGAUUUCAAAAACAAACAUUUAGUACAUACAACAAAAGAUUCCAAUGUUGUUAGUACUUCACUUGACGGAAAAAUAUUUUCUUUCAAAGAUGAUGAAAUGAAAAAAGUUACCAGCGUAACCGUCAACUAUCGUGGUAUAGUUUUCCCCGGGGAUGAAACUGGGAGCAUACAUUUGAUAUCUGAAGAUGGGAAACAUAGAAAAAAUAUACUGGGCAAGUGCGAUAGAAUAAGAAGAUUGUGUGAUAUCUGGUUGGACAUAUCAGAAAAGACCUUGUUUAUUUGUGGAGACCAAUUUGUAGAACUUUAUAAUAUAAACUAUUUAACAUUUGAUAAAUUCCAUGGAUUUGAUUGAGAUGAAGACAUAAUGGAAAUAUCAUACAGAGAGUACACUUAAUCAUUGAAUAUGUUAUGGUGUCUAUGUUAAACAUAAUUUGAGGUAAAAGAACUUUCGACCAUGGUGAUACUCAAAACUAUAAAAUAUAUUAUACAGUUUACUUUUUUGAAAGGUUGCG